AAAUGGAAGUGCCAAAUGCAAAUCAAAUCCUUCGAUUAUACAGGCAAUUACUAAAGUAUGGUAAAAAUUUACAAUUUACAGAUAAAGAUUAUUUUCAAAAACGAAUUCGUCACGAAUUUAAACAAAAUAAAUCUUUAACGAAUGUAGAUGAUGUAAUUUUUAAUUUUAAGAAAGGUCAAAGUUUAUUAAAGCGAAAAACUGUUGUAUAAUGUCCAUAAUAUCGAAUAUCACCUGCAUCUUACGGAAUAUACGAUUACCAAUAGUUCCAAUUCGAUAUAAACAUCCAAGUAUCGA